GGAUGCAUAAGCCCUUUGCGAAGACUUGGUUUGGUUCCUGUCCAAUGAAAGAGUUGUAGGAAAAGGCAUCUCCAGCCGUAACGUUUAGAGGCAAGAGACGAGAGGAUGAGUAGACGGUUUGAGUCGUAAGUAGAGUUGGGUCUGAAAGUCCCUGCACUGUCCUCGCAUAUUUGUCCAGACACGGGAACAAAACUGAAACGAGGACGACCAAUAAGAUCGGCAAGAGAUUGUUUCUAACCAAUUUUUGAAAAAAAAAUCAUUUGUUUCUUGUAUUGUAAGGGUCAAAGCUAAAUAGGCUUGUGUUCUUGGAUUUGUCAAUACUGGAGGCUCAAAAAUACAUCAUGUUGGCAAUUAUUAAAAGGCUUUAGAUACGUGAAGUCACUAGUAAAUGUUAAUUAAAUUGAACAGGUACAACUCCAGACUAUAAAAAAUUAUUAAUUUAUAGAGUUGUCGUAUGUAUUCAAUAAAGAUUGGAGACAAUCUAGAUUGAUGCAGUAAUCAAAAGAAGAGAAUGAAAACAGUAUAAAAAUCAUGUAUUAUUAUAUUAAUGAUAUACAUAAUAGCAUCUCCAUUGGUGAACCCUUCCCAAAAUCUACUUUUUAUUAUUAUAAUUUUUUUUUUUCGUUUGAUUUUUUUGAAAAAAAGAAAAAUUAAUAAAACAAUUAAUCCCGGAUCGCCACAUAUCAGUAGAGUCCGUGAACCGUGUUGAUACCGGUUUAUCCCAGCAGACCCAGAUGAUACAGGUUCAUAAAAAAUAGAUUAUUUUAUUAAUUUUGUUUUUUGGAAACUGUGGGAACCUCUAUUGAUAUACUUCAAUGCCGAUGUUUUAAGGCUACGUACUCAAAUGUAACACUCCCAUAAUUGGACGCAUGACCAGCCCUGGUUGGAUAUGUUAGUAUUAUUAUUUUAAAAAUCGUUGACGAUAUUCGCCAAUAAGAAGUUGACAUCGAAUUGUAAGAAAUUGCAUCUUUUACACAUAACGUAUAGGCUUGGCUAAUCGCAGGGCCGGUCCUUGUUUAAAGUUGGAUGAAAUAUUUGGCUGGAUCCCCAAAUUUUUUCGAAAAAUUUAUAUGAAUGUAAACCUUUAAAUUUAUUAAAAAAAGUUUCUAAAUUUGUGAAAAAAAGUUUUAUGAAUUUUUUUACUAAGAUAUUUAGGGCUCCAAAAUUCCAGGACUGUCUUGACUAAACAUUUCAUCACAUUUAUUAAAGACUCAAUGGAAGGCAUGACCGUUUCUAGGUAAAACUAGAUAAAACAUUCAUUUAGAAAAUUAUAUGUACAUAGAUCCCUAAAUUUAUAGAAAAAAGUUGCCAAAUUUGAAAAAAAAAAUUAUUGAAAUUUUUACUAAGUCCACUGAAGCCAAAAAAAAUCUCUGGACAAGGCUAAUGGCUUUUUAUCACAUUUAUUAAAGACUCAGUAGAAGAAAAAAUAAACAAACACGAAGGAAAGGAAUAAGAACGAACUGGAGAUAUGUCUGCUUGUGCCUCGUUUUGUUCUGUUUUCCUCAUUGCCUUACUUGCGAGCUUAAGAUCUUAUGCACAGCAACCAGACCCUACUUACAUAUACCAUCUUUGUCCAAACACGACAACUUACUCCCGAAACAGCACAUACUCUUCCAACAUUAGAACUCUUUUGUCCUCUCUUUCUUCCAACAGCCGUUCUUCCUCUACCGGAUUUUACAGCACAGCGGCAGGUCAAAGCCCUGACUUGGUGUUCGGCCUUUUCCUUUGCCGGGGGGAUCUCCCGCCAGAAGUCUGCGGUAAUUGUGUCGUCUUUGCUGCCAGCGACACUCUCAAAAAAUGUCCAGAGGAGAAGAUUGGGUUGAUAUGGUACGACCAGUGCAUGCUUCGAUACUCUGACCGGAAUAUUUUCUUGGAAUCUUCACUCCAAAAUGGAACAAACGGAAUACUCAUGUGGAACACUCGAGAUGUUCCAAAAAACCAAUCAGAACGGUUUCGUGAUGAAGUGUUCUCUCUGAUGAACAAGUGUGCAAACGAGGCUGUUAAUAGUUCAAAAAGGUUUGCGGUUAGCAAGUCCAACUUCACAUCGUUUCAGACACUUUAUGGGCUGGCUCAGUGCAUACCCGAUUUGACGAGUGGCGAUUGUUUUAAUUGUCUACAACGGACCAUCAGAUCAUUACCCACAGCCCAAAUUGGGGGAAGACUUCUUAUGCCGAGUUGUAACUCAAGGUACGAGCUCUACAAAUUCUUUGAAGAAACUGCCACAGCAAUACCUCAACCUCCUAAACCUCAGUUGGAUUCAGCUCCUCCACCGCCUUCCCAAGAAGCUGGAAAAGGCAGAAACUCAUCUGUCAUAGCAAUCGCUGUUGUUGUUCCAAUCACAGUCAUUUUUAUUCUUCUCGUAGCUGUUUUCAUUUUCUGGGCUAAAAAGAAAAGGAGAACUUAUGAGACGGAACCACUUGCUGAAGAUAGGGACGAUAUUACAACUGCAGGGUCACUUCAGUUUGAUUUUAAGGCAAUUGAGGCAGCAACUGAUAAUUUUUCUGAAACUAACAAACUUGGUCAAGGUGGAUUUGGGCAAGUCUACAAGGGUACUUUUCCUAGUGGAAUACAAGUUGCGGUGAAGAGGUUAUCUAAAACAUCAGGACAAGGUGAAAGGGAGUUCGAGAAUGAAGUUGUUGUUGUGGCAAAACUUCAGCAUAGAAAUUUGGUAAGGCUACUUGGUUUUUGUUUGGAAGGGGAAGAAAAGAUACUUAUCUAUGAGUUUGUGCCCAACAAAAGCCUUGAUUACUUCCUUUUUGACUCUACGAUGCAGAACCAGCUGGACUGGAAAAUACGGUACACGAUCAUUAAAGGAAUUGCUAGAGGGAUUCUAUAUCUUCAUCAAGAUUCACGACUCACAAUCAUUCAUCGUGAUCUCAAAGCCGGUAACAUCUUACUGGACGCUGAUAUGAACCCGAAAGUUGCAGAUUUUGGAAUGGCAAGAAUUUUUGGAAUGGACCAAAAGGAAGCCAAUACGAAAAGAAUAGUCGGAACCUAUGGUUACAUGUCUCCCGAAUAUGCAAUGUACGGCCAAUUCUCCAUGAAAUCAGAUGUCUACAGUUUUGGAGUCUUAGUUCUUGAGAUUAUAAGUGGCAAAAAGAACAGUAGUCUCUAUCAAAUGGAUGGUAGUGCUGGCAAUUUGGUUACAUAUACAUGGAGACUGUGGAGCAAUGGAUCGCAGUUAGAGCUCAUGGAUGCAUCAUUUCGAGAUAAUUAUCAAACAGACGAAGUUACGAGAUGCAUCCAUAUCGCUUUACUAUGUGUUCAAGAAGAAGCUGAAGAUCGUCCAACCAUGUCAGAUAUCGUCCAAAUGCUCACUACUAGCUCCAUCGCUCUCACUUUGCCUCGACCACCUGGAUUUUUCUUCCGAAGUAAGCAUGAACAAGUAGGAGUGGAUCCAUCAAUGGAUACGUUUGCCACAGGUUCUGUGGACAAGGCUUCCAUUACUCGAGUAUCUCCUCGUUGAAAACAAAACUAUCCAUAAAUAAAAAUUAAGGUGAUAUAGUGAUUGUAGACUGUUACGUAAAAGAUUUAGAGACUAUGAUGAUCUUGGGUAUACUCAAAGCAUUUGAAUU